AUGUCUACUGCCGCAAAGAAAACCCUACUCACACUAAAAAAUGGAUCCUCGCGCGCCAUAAAGAAAUACGUCGAAGCAAAUUACAGCGUGAAAUCAGAUCAGGCGAAAAUCCACCUUAAGAGGGCCCUCAAAAGUCUGGUCGACGAAGGCGCGCUUAAAACGGAUUUGCCAAAAGCACCAGAAGCUACAGACUUACCAAAAAGGAACCGCCAAAGAAAAAUAAGACUGCGUCGGCACAGAAGAAAAAGCCAGCAGCCAAGAGCCGAAGACUGCACCCGUGAAGAAGGCAGCCGCAAAGAAGCCACCGUAAAGAAGGUUGCGAAGAAGCCCGCCGCAAAGAAGGCGACAAAAAAGACUCCCAAAAAGUCGGCCCCCAAAAAGAAGACUGUGAAAAAGACCGCCGCCAAAAAGAAGUAGUCAGACAUAGGUGGGAUCGCCAGAGAUAUAAAACGGCUCUUUUUAGAGCCACCCGAACAUCAUACACAAAGAGUUCGUCACUCGAAACCUCUGAUCUUUUACGAGAUUCAAUUGGCUAACUACACGCCCUCGAUCCCUUUGCCACGUGCUUUAACAAAAUGGCGGGAAAUAUAUUUCGCGCGGACCGAUUAACGAACGAACAAUAAAUGAGUCGAAGGGCGGGAAAAAUGUGAGCGGACGCUCUCGAAGCGAUAGCAAGGCGUAAAAUUGCCCCGGUCCACGAUAAAGAAAUGUGAGCGGACGCUCUCGAAGCGAUAGCAAGCAAGGCGUCAAAAUGCCUCUAGUCCACGAGCAAGAAAACGCGCGUUACGAAAGAGCGGGAAAUGUGGGGCGGACGCUUUCGAAGCGAUAGCAAGCAAGGCGUAAAAUUGCCUGAGUCCACGAGCAAGUAGGCGAUAUAUAUCUAAAUAUAAUGGUCAAGUGUGAAACUUCAAAAUUAAUGAAACAACCCCAGUUCUGACAAUGGCAUGGGUGGCUCUAAAAAGAGCCGUUGUUGAAACGUUCGUUGGAUGAGCUAUCUAACCGCCGAACCCGUAGAGAGUUCGUCCUUGUCUUUUCAGAGCGUACACGACGUCCAAGGCUGUAACAGUCUUUCUUUUGGCAUGCUCGGUGUAUGUCACGGCGUCACGGAUAACAUUUUCCAAGAAUACUUUGAGAACUCCUCUAGUUUCCUCGUAGAUGAGUCCCGAUAUACGUUUGACACCUCCUCUGCGUGCCAAACGUCUGAUUGCGGGCUUUGUGAUUCCCUGGAUGUUGUCACGCAACACUUUGCGAUGACGCUUUGCUCCCCCCUUUCCCAAACCUUUUCC